UGCCAGUCCUCCUCACCCUUCUUCAUCCAAUCCACGGUCACAGGAGCGCGGCUCUGUCACUUCCCUUCCCCGCUCCUCCAAGUACUGGGCGAUGCUGAGCUGAGCAGGUGUGAAGGAUACACGGACCGUGCGGAAGGAAUUCCUGACCGUCCCGCUAAUGUACCCUCAUCUGAGCUUCUAGCUUUAACCCCACCAGGUGGUUCUCACUUCAGCACCAUGCUGCACCUCACCCUGCUCCUCCAUCUCCUCCUCCUUUCACACUCCUCUGCAGAUGCAUUAUUUAAUGGGGAGGUGCCUGACUUUUAUAGAGAUGAAGCCGCGGGUUUCGGGCCAGUGUUUGAGGAGCAGCCGAUGGACACCAUCUACCCCGAGGAGUCGCCCGAGGCCAAAAUCACCCUAAACUGCCGCGCGCGAGCCAAUCCACCUGCCACAUACAAAUGGAGGCUGGACAACAUGCAAAUUGAUCUGGAUGAAGAAGGCAACCACUAUAGCUUAGUGGGAGGCAACUUGGUCAUCAGCAACCCCAUCAAAACCACACAUGAAGGAAAUUACUCCUGCGUGGCUUCCAACAUGUUCGGCGCCGUCGUCAGCCAGAAGGGCUCGGUCCAGUUUGGAUAUCUCGAUCUCUUCUCAUCCGAGGAGCGGGAGACAGUUAAAAUCAAAGAGGGACAGGGGGCGGUGUUGCUCUGUGCUCCCCCACCACAUUAUCCAGCUGAGCUGUCAUUCCGAUGGAUCCUCAAUGAAUUCCCAACCUUCAUCCCGCUGGACAAGAGGCGCUUUGUCUCCCAGACAAACGGUAACCUCUAUAUCUCCAAGGUGGACUCCUCAGACACUGGCAACUACUCCUGCAUUGCGUCCAGUCCGUCCAUUUCCAAGAGCGUCUUCUCCAACUACAUCCCCCUUAUGCCUCUGGCUGAACGUCCGAUAAGGAAAUACCCCGCUGACCUCAUCGUCAAGUUCUCAGAUAGUGUUGCUCUGGUGGGGCAGAAUAUCACCUUGGAGUGCUUCGCUUUGGGGAAUCCAGUACCUGAGAUCAACUGGAAGAAAUUAGAUGGGCCGAUGCCACCCAAUCACGAGGUGCGAAUGGAAGGGGCUCAUCUGCACCUGUACAAUGUGCAGUUUGAAGAUGGCGGCACAUAUCGGUGUGAGGCAUCCAACUCGAGAGGGAAGGACUACCACACUGCACGUGUUUCUGUAGAAGCUUUUCCUGAGUGGGUGGAACACAUCAGCAGCAUGGAGAAAGACAUCAGUAGCGAGUACACUAUGUCCUGCAAAGCCAGCGGCAAACCCAAACCGCGCAUACACUGGCUGAAAAAUGGAGAACGGCUUGAUGGGAAAGAGCUUAGAUUCAGCAGCUUGACAUUUGAUGAUUCAGGGAUGUAUCAAUGCAUAGCAGAGAACCACCACGGAGUCAUCCAUGCCAAUGCAGAGCUGCGUGUUUUUGCCUGUGCGCCAACAUUUGAACACAACCCAGUGAAGACAGUCCUGGCAGCAAGAAACGGCCGAGUGGUGAUCGAAUGUCGACCCAAAGCCGCGCCAAAACCCGACUUCUCCUGGAGCAAAGACACAGAGCUGCUCUCCAACUCUACCAGGAUGUUCGUCUUGGAGGAUGGAAGCCUGGAGAUCCUUAACGUGACCCGAGCAGAUGAUGGCAGGUACACGUGCUUUGCAGAGAAUGACAGAGGCAAAGCGAACAGCACAGGCUCACUGUUGGUAACAGAGGCCACAAAGAUCACCUUGGCACCCUCCAAUGCAGAUAUUAACGUGGGUGAGAAUGCCUGGAUGCAGUGUGCCGCGUCACAUGACCCCUCUUUGGACAUCACGUUCAUCUGGUCCCUGGAUGGCCAGGUCAUUGACCUGCACAAGGGUCGCCAGCAUUACGAACGCACACCAAAUGGGAGCUCAAAUGGUGAGCUGCUGAUUAAAAAGGCCCAGCUGAGGCACGCUGGACGCUACACCUGCACUGCACAGACCCCUGUUGACAACAUUACCGCCUCUGCCCAUCUGGUUGUUAGGGGUCCACCGGGUGCCCCAGGUGGGUUGCGAGUGAUAAACAAAACUGACGUUAACGUAACAUUGCAGUGGAGCCGUGGAGCAGACAAUCACAGCCCCAUCUCCAAAUACAGCAUCCAGUACAGGGAUUCCUUCACAAAGGAUGUGUGGAAGAACGCCACGACAUCUCCUGCAGAUGUUGAGGGAAAUACAGAGACCUCUACGGUGGUGGAUCUGUUCCCCUGGACUGAAUAUGAGUUCAGAGUGAUUGCCAGCAACACUCUGGGGACCGGAGAGCCAAGCAACCCAUCACCUAAAGUCAAAACCCUGGAAGCAACUCCUGUGGUGGCUCCCUCGGACAUCAGCGGGGGCGGAGGGACGAGCAGAGAACUGACCAUCACGUGGACGCCUGUACAGCCACAGUACUACUAUGGUCCAAAGUUUGGCUACAUCGUUGCCUUCAAACCUCAAGAAGAUUACGAGUGGAGGAAGGUGAUCGUGGCUGACCCACAGGCCAGCCACUACGUCCACAAAGAGUCCUCCAUGCCACCCAUGACGGAGUUCCAAGUCAAAGUCAAAGCAUUCAAUAGUAAAGGAGAGGGACCCUACAGCCUGACGGCAGUCGUUUAUUCUGCACAGGACGUUCCAUCUGACACUCCUGUAAGUGUUGAGGCCAGAGCUCUCUCUGCCACAGAGGCCAUUGUUUCGUGGCUGCCCCUCCUGCAGAACAACAUCGAUGGAUACCAGGUGAAGUACUGGAGGAGUCAGGAAGAUGGUGAGGGUGGGGCUCAUAAGGUGGUGGUGUCUGGCAAAGAGAACCACACCAGGCUGGAGGGCUUGAAUCCUGACUCCAUUUACCUUAUUGAGGUUAGGGGCUACAAUUCUGCAGGAUUCGGGCCGCCCAGUGGACACCUGCAGAUCCACACCAAGAAACGCCCUCCAACUCGGCCGCCAAAAAUACUAGGUAAGAAAUUAAAGGGUCAGUCCGUAAAUAUUGCCUGGGAAGAUGUUGAAUGGUUGGAUAACGAGGCACCAGUCGAUGGCUACAAAGUGCUGUACAGGCAGCAGGGUCACUCCUCAGGCAUACUGUACACAACAAGUAAGCGGAACAUAGAUCUUCCCCUGCAUGCAGAUGGAGACUAUAUUGUGGAGGUGCGGGCACACACAGAAGGAGGAGACGGGGCUGUGGCACGAAUCCACAUCACAGGUGGAGCUGUGAUGACGGCCCAGUCUCUCAACAUACUCGUCCUCCUCAUGGUGGCUCUUCUCUGCCUCAACCUCUGAAUGUAGCGCCAUCUUUGUCUUCACUUCUCGUGAAAAAAGAGACUCUGUGGUUGACGCCUGUAAAGACUUUGGGACUUUCCACAAUCUGGUUCCACGCUAUAACCCGGGACGUCAUAUUCCAACUCUUCCCCUCUAGAAUGUGUUUGUGGGAAAAGAGAACUGGACUGGAGAAAAAAAAAUUGGAACUGGACAAAGACAUCCCUUAUUUAUCCACGAAAAAAGCCUCUCUGGAGCUGUGUCAAAGGAGUUUUGUCAACUUUUUAAAUAUGCCUUAUAUAAACAAUUGCACUUAUCUUUCAAAGUAACUUGUUUGAUAAUGGAUUGUGACUGAAAGUGUGACAUUACACUGUGUGUACAGGUCGGCGGUUUAACAUGUUUAAAAUGUCGGCUGAAACAUCAACAGUGCAUUCCAUAGCUUAAGGUAAACAAGUGGCCGUGACUGAUAAGUGUAUGUGUUUAUAAAAAUGUCUUUGUCUUUUAUUUACUUGCAAUUCAGUGGUUUUUUCUUUUUUUUUUUGUUAUUUUCUAAAUGAAGCACAAACUCGGAGAUAGCUACAGAGAUACAGUCAAAGCAAAUCUCAGCCUUUCACGUACUUGAUUUUAUAACAAGCAUCAUCGAGCAAUUAGCUAUUUAUGUCAUGCUGAAAAUAAUGUAUUCAACAAUUGAUAUUGUUUCGCUAUCUAAUAUGCUAUGGAUGUUAUGAAGAAUAAUAGAUUGGUUUGUUCCGCAAUCUGUGCUUAUUUCAGAAUCAUGACAUUAAUCGAGCUAUUAAUAGGCUACCACUUUAAAAUUGUGUGCAUGUUGACUUUGUUACAUACGUAAGUUUGAAACGUGUUGGGACGUUUUAAUGGAUCCAUAUUUACAAAACUGAAUGUAAAGCAAACCGCAGGAACGGGUGAACAUAUCAAACUCACUAUUUCCAAUACAGAACAGCAACAAACAAAGUGUAACAGUCGUCAGCCUGGUUGUAUUUGUACAUCUGUGUGGUGAUCAAGGCCAAAACAUCUGGGUCAAUGUAGUAACUGAUAAUAUAAGCUGCUCCAUGUCAGUGACCUAACAUUAAAAGUGCUUUUGUUUUGACUGUAUCACGAGGACCUCAGUGGUACCAGCUGGUGCUUUGUAAAGAAUGUUAUUUCCUGUGAACAUUUUCAUUUCAACUCUCUGGGUUUGAGAGUCACUAUUAACACGAACAGUGAAUAAUAGCGACUUUCAUGCCCUCUAAUAAUUGUGUAAUGUCUGAUUCAUCUGUGGCUAUUUUAUACUUUCUAAUAAGACAACUUGUCUAGCUCCAACAACAGUAAUCUAGUAAAUUUCCUCUUUGUUUUUUUUUUGUUUUUUUAAUUAUCUUAGUAUUAACCGGAGAUAAGCAAAGGCAUCCAUGUUGACAGUGAGAGCCCAUCCAAAGGUCAUGGGGAUGUUUCCACGCCAUUAUUUCUGGCAUUUUAUUAACACAGUAUCUUAACUUUAUUACAUUUGAUUUGAUUUUUCAUUUAUCAUUAAUAUAUUUGUAUUAUCUUUACCCAACUCUGGUUGCACCAUUUCAAAUUUUCAUUUCCCUCAACAACAAAUGCUGCGUAUUGAAUUCCUGUGAUUCACUUCUUGAUGCUGACCGAGCAUCUUCUACAUUCUGACAUCAACCACAAAGUGCUUUUGCCAGUUUUCCUUCAUGCAACAAAUCAUCAGAACAGUUGCCAAAUGCAUGGAAGCCUUGAGCUUUGACAUUUGAGUCAAAGCAGUGGCUCUGCAUUAAAAACCUGCAUGACUUUGGAGACAGAGUUUACAUCGCUUUUGCAACAAAUCACAUCAUAGCAACUUCUCGACCUCUGGCUUCAUAUGAAAUACAUUCCAUUUCUGAGGGACGUCUAUACAAGAGACAAGUCUAAUGUGUGCACAAGUGGCUUAGCAUCAUGUUUUGCUUCAUAUGAAGUCUUGGGGAGAGUUUUUUUUGACGGAAAAAUCCUAUCUCUGACUCGGAGGAAUCUCACUCAUUAAAGUUCAGAAGUGGUCCUGCAGUCUCCUGCAAACAAUGGUUGUGAUUUGAUAGCAUCACUGGCAGCAUGUUUGGCUGAUUGCUGAAGUUCAGUGCUGUGCUGGACGUGAAUGGUACAUGUGAGGGCUGGAAGUGGAACCUCUCGUUGGCUGGAUAAGGAACAAUAAAGGUGUAGUCAACUAUAA